AUGGUCAUGUACCUGUAUGUAUGGUACAAGACUUUGCAGGGAGAGGUCUACUACCGGCGAUCCAUGAAAGGAGGAGGCUCCGGUGAGGAAUAUUACCAGGGAAAGAAGUACAUCCUCAGCUACUCCGAGUCCAAGAAGACCUUGGUGUCGGGAGUCAUGGCCGGUUGGCCGUGUCCUCGCAAGGUCGUCACCUGGCUGUUGGAGAACAGGAGCCUGUCGGAUCUCAUCCGCGGCCGACGGAAGGGUCGGAAGGGAGAUGGACGAGCAGAGUUCUACCAAAACGGCGAGAAGAUCACCGUGCGGGCCACGCCGAUCAAAGCUCCGGGAGGGGGCUUCAUCUAUCAAUACAGCACCGCCGACUGCAGAACCUGGCAUACGCUGUCUUACGCGGAAGCGCAGAAGGAGUGGGUGCGGACCGCCUCAAGCACCCAUUUGAAGUCUGAUGAAGAUGGGAAUUCCCUGCGAGGCGAUUACGGCCAUCACACCGUCCGAGGAGGCCAGUGCUGGCAUGCCGAGCAGCCUCAAGACGCCAACCUCCGUGAAGCUUCUGUUCCCGAGUUCUACCGGCACAAGCCCAGACGCACUACUCCGCGCGCCGUGCGCUCGAACGGACACUUGGCGUUGGUGGGCGAGAUUGUAAUGGAGCAUUACGUCUCGGACAAGGUCGUGAAAGAGGCGAUGUUCUUCGGUUCAUACCUCGUGGUCGGGCACAAGGAGGGCCAGACGCUUCCGAAGACCUUUGCCACGCCGAAAGGAUUGCCGCUUCCGCGAGCGCCCCCGCCAACCGAAGAGAAUCGCGGAGCCGUCGACAACGUGAUUGCUCUGGAUCGGCGCAUUUGGGUCUGCUGCAACCACGUCAGCUACGCUGCGAGAUCCAUCCUCAUCGAGCUUCACGAAUCCAUGAACAAAGACUCCAGGGAGCUGGAGGAGGCCAUCAACCGCUUCGCCAAGGAGUUCAAGAAGCUCUCACAGGCCAUGGAUCAGAAGGAGCGAGGGAAGCAUGCAAAGGCAAGUGCUUCCAGCCCGACUUGA